AUGGUAGAGCGUUCUAAGACAUUAGAAUUUAAAGUCGCAGUAUUAGGAGCAGCUGGCGUUGGUAAGAGCUCGCUCUGUUUGCAAUUCUCUAGAAAUCGCUUCCCUGAAAACUAUGAGCCUACUGUAGAAGACUAUUACCGAAAGCAAAUGGCAGUUGAUGGUGAUGCUAUCAUGUUUUAUCUGAUUGACACAGCAGGUCAAGAUGCAAGUGUAGGAAACUUAAAUUCACUAAUUCAACAGGCAAUUGGCUUUAUAAUUGUUUAUGACAUUACUAAUAGGCAAACCCUGCAAGACGCUAAGCAGAUGCGGGAUCGGAUCCUCCAUGUUAAAGACACAUCACAUAUACCUUUGGUAUUAGUGGGAAACAAAAGUGAUGUAGAAAAUAAAAGAGAAGUGACAGCAGAGACUGCGAAAAAAUUGGCGGAAGAGUGAAAUUGCCAAUCGCUCGAAGUGUCUGCGAAGACAAGGGAAAACUUAGAAACUGCAUUCAUUGAAUGCGCAAGGAAAGUGAAGGAAGAAAUCAACAACCGAAAAGGAAGAGAAGGACUUCAGAACUGCUGUCUUUGUAGAGUUUUUUAA